AUGGAAGACGAUCAAACAUUAAAAGCUAUUUGUUAUCAACGUGGUUCAUUAUCAAUUUUGGAUCAAUUAAAAUUACCUGAUGAAUCAAUCUAUAUUCCUAUUCAUUCAGUUGAUGAUGCAUGGAAAGCUAUUCAUACAAUGUCAAUUCGAGGCGCUCCUGCAAUUGCUGUAUGCGGUGUAUUGAGUCUUGCUGUUGAACUAAAUCAUUCUCGAUCGAAAUUCGAUUCAAUUUCAUCAGUUCAACAAUUUGUUACUGACCAACUUAAUUAUUUAUUAACUGCUCGACCAACUGCAGUCAAUAUGGCAGAUGCUGCUGAAACGAUAAUUGAUUAUUUAAUUCCAUUGAGUAAUAAACAAGAAAAUUUAUCAGCAUACAUUGAUGAAUUACUUGAUUUUAUGGAGCAAUUUCUCAAACGUGAUCUUGCUGAUAAUCGAUCAAUUGGUCGUUAUGGUGCCGAAGCUAUUUGUCAAAAUAACGCUAAUAAAAAAAAAUUAAACAUUUUAACUCAUUGUAAUACUGGUUCAUUAGCAACGGUUGGUUUUGGUACAGCUCUUGGUGUUAUUCGACAAUUAGCAGCAAACGGUGCUCUUCAAUUAGUAUACUUUACAGAAACUCGACCAUAUAAUCAAGGUUCAAGAUUAACUGCUUAUGAAUUAUUACAUGAUCGUAUUCCACACACAAUGAUUUGUGACUCAAUGGCUGGUCUAUUAAUGCAAAAACAACCUAUUGAUGCUGUUGUUGUUGGUGCAGAUCGAAUAACAGCAAAUGGUGAUACAGCUAAUAAAAUUGGCACUUAUCAGUUAGCUGUACUUGCUAAAUAUCAUCAUAUUCCAUUUUAUAUUGCUGCACCAACAACAUCAAUCGAUUUAACUAAAACAACAGGAGAUGAAAUUAUUAUUGAGCAACGUCCAUCAAGAGAAAUGACAACUGUCAAAGGGAUAAAUAUUGCUGCAGAAGGUGUUCAAGUAUGGAAUCCAGCAUUUGAUGUAACACCUGCUCAUUUGAUAACGGGUAUAAUUACAGAACAUGGUGUGUUUAAACCUGAUGAACUUAAAGAGAAAUUAUUAUCUCUAAAAAAAUCGUAG